AUGGCAUUUAAGAAGUACAAGUUCGUUAUUGACUGUUCUGGUCCUGCUAAUGACAAGAUCUUUGAUGCUGCUGCUUUCGAAAAGUACCUCCAUGACCGCAUCAAGGUUGACGGCCGUACCAACAACCUCGGUGAUGCCAUUGCCAUCUCUCGCUCUGCUGACAACAAGAUCACUGUUGUUGCCAACAUUCCCUUCUCCAAGCGUUACCUCAAGUACCUUACCAAGAAGUUCUUGAAGAAGAACCAAAUCCGCGACUGGCUUCGUGUCAUUGCCACUGACAAGCAAACCUUCCAACUUCGCUACUUCAACAUUGCUAACGACGCAGAAUCUGAAGACGAAGAAUAA